AUGCCGGCCCUGUACCAGAACAUGGGCCUUGGUGGUAGGAGCAGGAAGCCUGUGCCCGGGUCCAGCAUUUCCUUGGACACGUUCGACGGCGAUCUCGGGACGCGUCCAGGCUCGUUCUCGAAAACCGAGGCCGAGAUCAGCUACAGCCCGCUCUCGCCAUUGAUCCAAGGCUCGCCAUUCCCAUUUGACAACACGGAGGCGUAUUCCUCAGGAUUCAAUGGUGGCACUAAUAAUAAGUCUCGGGGUUGGUUCAGGUUCGGCAAACGACCGCCAAGGAAAGCCAACAGAUCAUGCUCGGAACGCAAACCGACGGGGUGGAAAUUGGGGACCACAAUCGCUGCUGGCCUGACGCUCAUCAUUCUCCUCGGCAACUCGUCGCUGCUUGCUGCCUUUGGUGCACAGCUUCGCCGCAAUGGGUACACGGGCAACAUUGCACCGGCCAAGUCGGGCGACUGCACUUAUAUCAAGAAGCUUGGGAUCGUCGUCCAUCUGGUCAUCAACAUCGUCAGCACGCUCCUCCUGGGCGCAAGCAACUACUGUAUGCAAACCAUCAGUGCUCCUACUCGUCGUGAUGUCGACAAGGCUCACGCACGGGGCAUCUACCUCGACAUUGGCGUGCCCAGUGUCCGGAACCUUCGGUUCAUCCAGAAGAAGCGGCUUUUCUUCUGGUUCUGUCUAGGUCUCACAUCGAUUCCUCUUCAUCUUGUGUAUAACUCCAUAUUCUUUGUCUCCACCGUUAACAAUCUCUAUCCCAUCUACAUUGCCAAUGAAGCCUUCACCACCGGGGCAUCCUGGAACAAGACAAUGUUCCAGACCGCGCCUGGGCAAGUCGACACACCGGAGAGCAUCCAGGAUCGGCUCAUGCACACCGACCAAUUCGAGAGGCUGUCCAAUGAUGAUUGCCUCAACGCCUAUGCAAAGACCUUGGUCGAGGACAGAGGAGCCGUCGUGGUGGUCGUCGAGGACCCUCGGAAUUGCAGCACCUUCGCCGACUUUCUGUACAGCUACUACUCUGACCGUUGCCAAAACGCGCAAGCAACGUCCCUCUACGCCCAGUACAAUUACGCAACUGGGUUCUUGGCCACGAUGAAGCUCACAAACUGGUACGGUUGGCUGUGCUCUCAAGACUCAUCUUACUACGACUACCAAGAAAGCUAUAAGAAACUCUCUAGGCUAUGCAGCGACGGGGCUUGGAAAGACCAGCUAUCGCCGAAUGAAUGGACUCUAGGCGGAGCCAAGGUCAAAUAUUGCCUCAGCGAAAAGAUAGCGCCCAAGUGCCACCUGCAGGUUGCACUCAGCUUGAUCGGCGUUGUCAUCGCCUUCAACGCCGUCAAGGUGAUCGUGAUAUCCAUCAUGGCGGCCAGCAAUCUCAUCAACCAAGAGCCGUUAGUGACUGUUGGAGAUGCUGCCGCGUCCUUCAUACAGCGGCCAGAGCCGACCACAAAAGGCAUGUGCUUGCUUUCGGCGCGAGAGAUCAUCAAUUCCCAUGAGGAUGAAGUGAUACCAGCCAAGGAAUAUCAACCCCAGCCAAUGAAACGGUCCGCUGCUGUGAGCUGGCGGCGCUGGAUUGUUGCAUCCCUGAUGACUCUUACAGCAUUGAUUGUUAUACUCGGACUGCUGGGAUAUGCAGUCGCAACUUUGAACUCCAACUAUGGGAAGGGAGACUUCAACAGCCUUUGGUCUCUAGGCGUCGGUGCUCUCACUCCACAUACAAUGGUAGAAUCAUGGGGCGUUCCCGGAACCGGCGAGGCUGCAGUGAUCGCAACCGUGCUCAUUACCAACAUGCCGCAGCUUCUCCUCUCAUUCCUCUACCUCAUCCUCAACGGCGUCGUCACCGCCAUGUCUGCGGCUUCUGAGUGGUCCAACUACGGGUACAAUCUUCACCGCCCCCUCAGAGUCUCCUUUCCCACGGGCGGGCAGCGCUCCACCUUCUUCCUCCAACUGCCCUAUCGGUACAGCGUUCCCAUGAUGGCGCUUUCGGUGCUGAUGCACUGGCUCAUCUCUCAGAGCUUCUUCAUCGCGCAGAUCUAUGAGAUGCGCACGUGGAGACUGACCAGCGACCAAAAGCAGACUCCUAGUACAACGCAAGACGCGGACAUCACCACCACCGCGGCAUACUCCCCGAUGGCGAUCUUCCUGACCGCGUUUGUGGUUGCGAUUGUGUUCACACUUGCCGUAGUAAUAGGCAGGCUUCGGCUCAGAGAAGGGAUGCCCUUGGCCGGGAGCUGCAGUGCGGCCAUCUCGGCCUCGUGCCAUGUGCUGGAGGGAACGUCCAUCUACGAGCCUGUGAAAUGGGGGGUUGUCGUACCACCCGAGGAGGGGAAGGACGGUGUGGGACACUGUACCUUUUCCAAUUACCAUGUUGAUUGUCUUGAGCCCGGGAAGCGAUAUGCUUAA